AUGAAACAAAAGCGCAACCAAGCACCCAAAAUCGGCACUGGUAGUGAAUCACAAACUCAAUUCAGGCAAAACCGAGUUUUUGGUACUGCUUGGAACACCAACGUAAAUAUCCCAAAAAAGCCUGUUUCAGACAACAUUUUCACCAAACCGAAACCUGCUAUUCCACAAAGACAAUCCAAACAACCAACACAAGUUAUCACUGAAACCACCACUCUAACACAACCAACUGAUACAAAAUCACCAGAAAAUCUGAACCUCAUAAAGAACAAAAAAAGUGACACAUUCCCACAAGAAAAUGAUUCUGCAGAGGCUAAAACUCCGGUUACAUCCUCUCAUGCUAGAGGAAAGAGUAAAAUGCAAGCAACACCGUUUUACAGUGCAGUAAAUUGCAGCAAAUGUCGUUUUGAUAGGCUUGAGACUUCGUCUUAUUGGGUUGGACAAAUCAAAUUGGCAGAGACGGUUGGGAAACACUUUGUUGCUUGUGGAUUCUUCGAGCUUGCUUUCGAAUCUCAGGCUGAGCCAAUAAGUAACCUUCGGAUCGAGCUUAAGAGGUAUUUGUCAAGGCAUGGACACUUAUAUGAGGAGAAGGAAUGGAAAAAAGUUGCGGCUAAGUAUGGAUUAUUGAAAGAUGAAAGCAUCACAAGUGAAAUGAACUCAUAG